AUGGAGUGGCUAAUGGGCAAGGCGCGCGGCGUAAGCCGUGGGCUGAUGAGCACUACCCCCACCACCAAUUCACCCUCUGAACCCGUACCCCCUGUCACGGUGGCUCUGCUCCAGACCAUCUGUCGUUCCAACAGUCCGAACGCAGACACCACCGCCAACUGCGAGGCAGCAGACGUAAAGUCACCCCUAGCAGGUCAACGCCCUGUUCCGGUCACUACUCCUGCUGGCGUUGCCAAGUCUGCUUCACCGUCUGCUUCACCACUCACUGAUUGGUCAUCAGUCCCCCGCAGCCCGAUCGAUCAAUCCCUCUCUGAGGAUGCAUUACAUCACCAAAGACCCUUUCUGCGACCCUGUUACCUCAAGCAGCAGCUACCCCUCGUGACAAAUAACUCCAAAGUUGAUACUGAUUUUCCCGCUCUGGUCGAACCCUUGCCCACUCUAGAUGUUAACGAGUGGAUUGCUGCGCAUACAAUUGGGCUGUUUGAAAACCUCAGCACCAUCUUCGAUGCCAUCUACGAGUUGUGCACUUGUGACAGUCUUCAAUCCUCCUCCUGGUCCGACAACGAGAACGAAGAACAUCUGCAGGUUGUCAGCGGUGCCGCAGAGGACUCACCUCCUUCAGAUACUAACCCCUCUCCACCCCCACCAGCAGCAGCUAUCACUACAAAGAAGUCGGCCAGAGGGCGGGCUUUCAAGAAACCACCUCAAACCGCACGCCAGGCAAUCAUUGUUGCUCUCUCCGAAUGCAAUGACAUUAUUCAGUCCUCACGCGUCUUUCCCAUUAAAAAGGGCCAACCAUUUCCCUCCGAUCUGCCCUCCGAGUCGGCCAAGAUCUGCAAAAAACUGCUCUUCUGCCUAUCCCAUCUCUACAUGUCGCAUUUCCGCCAUCUUGAGCAGCUGGACCUGAUUGCGCAUAUGAAUACUCUGGCAAAACACUUUUUCGCCUUUACAACGCGCUUCAGUCUCAUUGAGGACUGCGAUCUGGGUCCCCUGAACGGUUUUCACCAUACUCUACUUGCCUGUCCGGCGCCAAUUUUGAGCCAAAAGAGUUCUUCCGUAGCUGUUGGUAAUACUGUUGCUUCAACAGUAGCGACAACAGCAUGUGAUACCCUUUUACCCUCGGUUCCCAGCUAA